AUGGCAGGCUUGCCUAUCGAAUUUCUACCUUUUCCGACACGAACAAAGCUUCGUUCCACACAAAUUCUAACUUCACUCCCACAAAUCGUCUCUGAGCUUUGUCAGAACUCGCUCGACGCUGGAUCACGGCAUAUAGAGAUUGGAGUAAAUUGUGAAGAAUGGAUGUGUUGGGUGACGGACGAUGGGCAUGGGAUAAGUAAAGACGGUUUGUCGUUGUUGGGCACGGAUGCACGUUAUGGAAGCUCAAAAGCGUACAGCUUGGAUUCAUUAAGCCUUCUGUCUACUUUUGGUUUCCGAGGAGAAGCUUUGGCAUCUGCAUCUGAUCUGGGUUGUCUCGAAAUAUCUUCUCGUACUUCACGAUCAAGAGAAACUUGGUCUAUCAUAUUGAAGGGUGGGAAAACAAUAUAUACUGGAGCUGCUGUUCGCUGGAAGAGAACAUCACAAGGCACCACAGUGUGCGUGAGAGACGCUUUUCACAACAUUCCUGUUCGACGCCUUUCGCAUCCAACUCCAUUACGUUCAUUCGAAAUCAUUCGUCGGGAAAUAGAAUCCUAUGCUCUGGUCUUUCCCCAUAUCUCUUUUCAUCUUCAGUUCACUGCCGAAGCAGGAACGAAAGAGAAUCUUUUUAGAAUACCCAAGAGUAUCUCCUCCCUCGAGGUGUUUCGUCGCUUAUAUGGCAAAGCAUUAUCACAGCACGUCCACGAGAUUAAUGUGAAUCAAGAUAACAUGCGACUAGAGGGCUUUAUUAGUUUGGAAGGGUCACUAUCAAAGUCAUACCAAUUUUUAUAUGUAAAUCAUCAUCCUGUAGAACAUGGCGACCUGCAGCGGAUCAUAGAAUCUCGAUUUUCUUCGAGUUCGUUCGCUAAACACGCAUAUGAAGAGUCGGGGGAGACUUCAUUGCGUCCAUCCACAAGACGCUCCCCGCGCAAGGCAGAGAAAAAGGCGGUCUAUGUCCUCAAUCUGACUAUCCCACCUGACAGAGUCGACAAUUUACUAGAACCCGCCAAGGGUUCCCUCCAUUUCGGUGAAAAGAACGCUGUCGAGUCUUUUCUUGUAUCGACCGUCAAUGCCUUUCUCAUCCGAUAUGGCUUCUCCCUACCGACUGAACGGGUUUUACCGGUCGAACACAGUCCUCCGUCAUCUCCCCGUAAACGAAGGAAACUAGAUUCAUUGGAUGAUUCCGGAUGUGCUGAGGAGUUUUCUGAGGAAUUGAAUUCAUAUGAAUCAAGAACAAGGCCGGAGAUUCCCCAGGUAGAUCCCCUUUACAUCGGUGGUGUCACCGUAAGCGGUUAUGGGCCUGGGCAAGCAGACGAGAUUGUGUGGACCGAUGCUAUCACUGGUCAAACAUUUGUUGUAGAUAGCCGGACCGGACAUUCAAGAUUGCAAGGCGAACGGUCGGCUGACGCAGGUGGGACGCUCUGUCGCGAACGACGUACUUUGGGGCCGCCGAGGAUCGGUACUAGCUCUGAGAAUCACGAAACCCCUGAUUGGAUUCGGCGAGCACUUGAGGCGAACGAGUGUUACAAAUUGGGAGAACAAAAAAUACGAUCCUUGGGUCAUUUACCAUGUCAUGAAGACAAUCAAGGUCCGGGUGCAAAACAUUUGCGAAGCCAGACGGCAAUGGAACACGGCAAUGAAUCUAUGAGGCAAAAGUUCGUCUGGAACGAUGUACGUGAAGCUGCUGUCAUAAGCCAAGUUGAUCGCAAGUUCGUUGCUUGUACGUUCAACAAUAGCGGAGAUGGCAUGGAGACAAACCGAACGACUCUUGUAUUAAUUGACCAGCAUGCCGCGGACGAACGUAUCCGUGUAGAACUAUUCCUUAAAGACCUUUGCGUUGGUUUCUUGCGCAACAUUGAAGCGGCUGGCCCCCGAGAGGAAGAUAUAAACGCAGUCGAGACGCGUCAUCUGACGCCUGCAGUGCCAAUUUUGUUGACAUGUCUAGAAGUGAAGCAGUUGAUGAAUUCGCAAGAAGUCCGAGAUGCUUUUUGGAGUUGGGGCAUCUGCUUCGCGAAUCGAGCUCUCGAUCACGGAGAAGUAACGGAUAGCGUGGAUGGCGAUGACAGCGGCGGCUACGCUCAGAUCGCAGUCCAUUGUAUUCCGGAAGUGGUCGCCGAUAAGCUUUUAUCAGCCGAUGGACUGCGUGACACGGUGAAGAGUUUUCUCGCACAGGUCAACUCUGGUGAUAUUCCUUAUAUCUCGCGGCACCGAGAGUCAGUCUCUGAGUCAGAAGGAAGGAAGGAAAGUGAUUGGUUGAAGGCUUUGCGGUGGUGCCCUCGACAUCUACUAGAUUUGGUAAACUCAAAGGCUUGCAGAGGCGCCAUCAUGUUCAACGAUACCCUCAGUGAUGAACAGUGUGAACGACUGUUAAAGCAGUUAUCAGCGACUGCACUUCCAUUUCAGUGCGCUCAUGGAAGACCUUCCUUGGUACCGUUGACUAAUUUUGGGCAGCUGCUAGGAGACAGGGGCAACUCUCGACAUUCUCAGGUGAACUGGACUGCGCUGGAAGAGCAGAUGAACCCUGAUUAG